AUGGCCUGGGCUGGGAAGAAACUGCGAGACAAGGCCAGUGGUUUACUAACCCUCUUUGCGUCGUUUUACGGGCCUGUACUGGCCCAGCCCUGCCCAGACUCUGGGGGCAGUGAGGCCCUGGCCCAGGCAGAUUUAAAGAGCCAGCAUUCAGCAGUGCAGGUGGCUCCACUCUCCAUAGGCAGCUCAUGGGAGACCGCUUCCCUGGGGCCCCAGGGGUCUAGAAGUGCACCGCCUCCCCACCAUGACAGCAUCUCCUGCGGUGCCACCAAGCCUCCUGAUAUCUGCACCGCACCAGCUGGCACCCCUCCAUGGGCCGUGGCCGGCGCGCCCGGGCCCGCGCUGCCUCCCGCCACGGGGGACGCCACCCUGGCCUUCGUCUUCGACGUCACCGGCUCCAUGUGGGACGACCUGAUGCAGGUGAUGGACGGCGCCUCGCGUAUUCUGGAGCGCAGCCUGAGCCGCGGCGGUCAGGCCAUCGCCAACUACGCGCUGGUGCCCUUCCACGACCCAGACAUCGGCCCGGUGACUCUGACGGCGGACCCCGCGGUGUUUCAGAGGGAACUGAGAGAGCUCUACGUGCAGGGAGGAGGUGACUGCCCGGAGAUGAGCGUGGGGGCCAUCAUGGCCGCCGUGGAGGUGGCCAACCCCGGCUCGUUCAUCUACGUCUUCUCUGACGCCCGUGCCAAGGACCACCACAGGAAGGAUCAGCUGCUGCGGCUCCCGCCACUCCACCGCCGGGGUUUCCGCCUGCAGCUCAAACAGUCGCAGGUGGUCUUUGUGCUGACGGGGGACUGUGGUGACCGCACCCAUCCUGGCUACCUGGCCUACGAGGAGAUUGCGGCCACCAGCUCUGGGCAGGUGUUCCAUCUGGACAAGCAGCAAGUGACGGAGGUUCUGAAGUGGGUGGAGUCGGCCAUCCAGGCCUCCAAGGUGCACCUGCUAUCCACGGACCAUGAGGAGAAGGGCGAGCACACGUGGAGAAUCCCCUUUGACCCCAGCCUGAAGGAGGUCACCAUCUCGCUGAGUGGGCCAGGGCCUGAGAUCGAGGUUCGAGACCCGCUAGGGAGGGUCCUGCAGAAGGACGAGGGCCUCAACGUGCUCCUCAACAUCCCCGACUCAGCCAAGGUCGUGGCUUUUAAGCCAGAGCAUCCUGGGCUGUGGACCAUCAAGGUCUAUAGCAGUGGCCGCCACUCGGUGAGGAUCACCGGUGUCAGCAACAUCAACUUCCGAGCCGGCUUCUCCACGCAGCCUUCCCUGGACCUCAACCACACCAUCGAGUGGCCCUUGCAAGGUGUGCCCAUCUCCCUGGUGAUCAACUCCACGGGCCUGCAGGCGCCCGGCCGCCUGGACUCGGUGGAGCUCUCACACAGCUCAGGACAGCCCCUCCUGACCUUGCCCACGAAGCCCCUCACCAAUGGAUCCACCCAUCAGCUGUGGGGCGGGCCGCCCUUCCACGCCCCCAAGGAGCGCUUCUACCUCAAGGUGAAGGGCAAGGACCACGAGGGAAACCUCCUCCUCCGGGUCUCCGGGGUUUCCUACAGUGGGGUGGCACCAGGCGCCCCCCUGGUCAGCAUGCCCCCCAGGAUCCACGGCUACCUGCAGCAGCCCCUGCUGGUCUCCUGCUCCGUGCACAGCACCCUCCCCUUCCGGCUGCAGCUGCGAAGAGGCGGAGUCAGGCUGGGCGAGGAGAGGCAUUUGCAGGAGUCAGGGAACAGCAGCUGGGAGAUCCCGCGGGCCUCUAAGGCCCAGGAGGGCACGUAUGAGUGUGUGGCGGUCAGCAGAGCUGGGACCGGACAGGCAAAGGCCCAGGUCGUCAUCACAGACCCCCCACCGCAGCUGGUUCCUGCCCCCAACAUGACCGUGUCCCCGGGGGAGACCGCCAUCCUAUCCUGCCAGGUCCUCGGCGAGGCCCCCUACAACCUGACAUGGGUCCGGGACUGGCGGGUCCUGCCAACUUCGGUGGGCCGAGUCACCCAGCUGGCCAACCUGUCCCUGGAGGUCAGCGGCAUCAUUCCCAGUGAUGCAGGGCGGUACCAGUGUGUGGCCAGCAAUGCCAACGGGGUGGCAAGGGCAUCCAUCUGGCUCCUGGUGAGAGAGGCCCCACAGGUCAGCAUCCACACCAAGUCCCAGCGCUUCUCCGAGGGCGUGGAGGUGAAGGUCAGCUGCUCCGCCUCUGGGUACCCUGCACCCCACCUCUCAUGGAGCCGGGAGGGCCGCACCCUGCAGGAGGAUGGCAGGAUCCGAGUGGACACCCAGGGAGCCCUGAUCAUUCAGGAUGUAGCCCCAGAGGAUGCUGGGAAUUACAGCUGCCGGGCUGUUAAUGAGCUUGGCACAGACGAGGAGACGGUCACUCUCUACCAUACAGACCCUCCGUCCGUCUCUGCCAUCAACGCCGUGGUGCUCACAGCCGUCGGGGAGGAGGCCGUGCUGGCAUGUAAGGCGUCCGGGGUCCCCCCGCCCCGGGUCGUCUGGUAUCGAGGUGGUCUUGAGAUGAUCCUGGCCCCUGAGGACUCCAGGUCUGGGGUGCUGCGGAUCCAGGCCGCUCAGGAGAGGGACGCUGGUGUCUACACCUGCCGAGCUGUCAGUGAGCUGGGUGACGCUGCUGCAGAAGUCCACUUGGAGGUUGGACAUGCGCCCCGGCUGACAGAGCGGCCCCGGGAUGUCGCCGUGGAGCUGGGGAGUAGCGCCCUCCUGGCAUGCAGGGCCAUAGGCCGCCCACCCCCCAGGGUCACCUGGCGCCGCAGAGAUGGCCAGCCGCUGGGGCCUGCGCGGCACAGCGGGCCUGGACAGCCUGACCCAGGAGUGCUGUUCUUUGAAAGCGUGGCCCCUGAAGACCAGGCCCCCUAUGUCUGCGAAGCUCGAAAUGUCUUUGGGCAGGUCCAGGCGGAGGCCCGGCUCAUCGUCACUGGACACGUUCCCCCACAGAUCGCCAGCAGCGCCUCCACCAUCCGGGUCCUGGAGGGCCAGCCCGUGUCCCUGCCCUGCAUCAUCCUGGCCGGGAGGCCCCUCCCCGAGAGGCGCUGGCUCAAGGACGGUCGGCCUCUCCCGCCUGGCAGCCGGCAUUCUGUCCGGACAGAUGGCAGCCUGCACCGAGAGCAGGCGCUGCAGGAAGACGCCGGGCGGUACAGCUGCGUGGUCACCAACACCGCCGGCUCUCAGCACCGGGACGUGGAGCUGGUUGUGCAGGCUCCACCUAGGAUCCUUCUGACCACCACCCACCAUGUCACCAACGAAGGGGUUCCAGCCUCCCUCCCCUGCGUCGCCUCAGGAGUCCCCGCCCCCACCAUCACCUGGACCAAGGGAUCCAGUGCCCUGCACUCCGGGGGGCCGCGCCACAACGUGAGCGAGGACGGCACCCUGGUCCUCACCCAGCCCUCUGCCCAGGACGCGGGGGCCUAUGUCUGCACAGCCACCAACGCCGUGGGCUUCUCUAGCCAGGAGAUGCGGCUCUCUGUGAACACCAAGCCCAGGAUCAGCGUGAACGGGUCACACGACACAGACGAGCCUCUGAGAGUCACAGCGAGGGCUGGCGAGGAGGUGACCCUGAACUGCGAGGCCCAGGGCUCCCCGCCCCCACUGGUCACCUGGACGAAGGACUCCCAUCCUGUGUCCCCCAUCACUGACAGGCAUGGCCUCCUCCCGACGGGCUCCCUGCGUCUGGCCCAGGUCCAGGUGGGUGACAGCGGCAGCUAUGAGUGCAUGGCCAGCAACCCCGCAGGCUCUGCCUCCCGCCACUACGUCCUCCGGGUGCAAGUGCCCCCUCAGGUGCAGCCGGGCCCUCGGGUCCUAAGGGUGCUGGCAGGAGAAGCCCUGGAUCUGAACUGCGUGGCUGAGGGCAACCCGGAGCCCCAGCUCAGCUGGUCCAAGGACGGGGUCUCCCUGUGGGGUGGGGGGCCCGAGGGCUCCGUCCACUUCGCAGCCAUCGAGACCUCCGAUGCCGGGACGUACCGCUGCGAGGCCUCCAGCAGCGCCGGGGUAGACGCCUGGGAGCUGGAGCUCAGGGUGUUGGAGCCACCACACUGGGGCGCCAACGAGACCAGUGGCCUGCUGGAGCGUGUGGCUGGAGAGGAUGCCAGCCUGCCGUGCCCUGCCAGAGGAACGCCCAAGCCCCAGAUCACGUGGCGGAAAGGCCCAUCCUUGGAGCCCCUGCGUGGCCGACCAGGUGUGUCGGUGCUGGGCGAGGGCUCUCUGCUCCUGGCCUCCGUCUCGCCGGCGGACAGCGGUGACUAUGAGUGCCAGGCCUCCAACGAAGCAGGCUCUGUGUCCAGGAGAGCCAAGCUGGUAGUCUACGUGCCCCCCAGCAUCCGAGAGGAUGGGCACAGAGCCAACGUGUCAGGCGUGGCCGGGCAGUCCCUGACGCUGGGGUGUGAUGCGAACGGCUUUCCUGCCCCCGAGCUCACGUGGUUCAAGGACGGACAGCUGAUCCCUGAGGCAGACCGACACAGCCUCCUGUUUGGGGCCCGGUCCCUCCACUUCCCCCAGCUCCAGGAGGGAGAUUCCGGCCUCUACUCCUGCCGGGCAGAGAACCAGGCCGGGAUGGCCCAGAAGGACUUCGAGCUCCUUGUGCUUGUCCCUCCUUCCGUGCUCGGAGCUGAGGCCGCCCAGGGGGUGCUGGGCCUGGCGGGUACGGAUGUGGAGCUGGAGUGCCGGACCACGGGGGUCCCUACGCCCCAGGUGGAAUGGACCAAGGAUGGGCAGCCUCUCCUUGCGGAAGACCCUCAUCUGCAGCUCCAAGAGGACGGCCAGGUCCUCCGAAUCUCCAGCAGUCACUUGGGGGACGAGGGACGGUACCAGUGUGUGGCCUUCAGCCCAGCUGGCCAGGAGGCCAAGGACUUCGAGCUCAGAAUCCACUCACCCCCCACCAUCUGGGGCUCCAACGAGACAGGCGAGGUGGUUGCCAUGGAGGAUCACCCGGUGCAGUUCCUGUGUGAGGCCCGAGGAGUGCCCACCCCUGACAUCACCUGGUUCAAAGACGGGGCCCCACUCCCCUCCAGCGCUGAAAUGACCUACACCAGGGGUGGUCGGCAGCUGCAGCUGGAGAGGGCCCGAGCCUCAGAUGCAGGCGUCUACACCUGCAAAGCCAGCAACGCUGCGGGGGCCACAGAGAAGGCCACCAGGCUGGAGGUCUACAUGGCACCCACCAUCGAGGGCACUGGUGGAGGACCCUAUGUGGUCAAGACGGUUGCCGGGAGACCCAUGACACUGGAGUGUGUGGCCAGAGGCCACCCACCCCCCACCCUCUCCUGGCACUACGAGGGUCUACCUGUGGCAGAGAGCAACGAGACGUGGCUGGAGACGGGCAGCGGUGCACUGAGGCUGCAGAGCCCAGGGGAGGCCUCCGGGGGCCUGUACAGCUGUGUGGCCAGCAGCCCCGCGGGAGAGGCCGUGCUGCAGUACUUGGUGGACGUGCAGGUGCCUCCACAGCUCCUGGUGGCUGAUGGCGUGGGCCAGGUGACUGCAGUUGUGGGCCCGCCCCUGGAACUUUCCUGCCAGGCCUCAGGCUCCCCGCUGCCUUCCAUUCGGUGGCUACAGAACGGCCGCCCAGCCGAGGAGCUGGCAGGGGUGCGGGUGGCCUCACAGGGGGCCACACUGCACAUCGACCACGUGGGGCUGGGCCACGCGGGUCUCUUUGCCUGCCAGGCCACCAACGAGGCAGGCACGGCUGCAGCCGAGGUGGAGGUGUCUGUGCACGAGCUUCCAUCGGCCAUCGUUGUCGGGGACGAGAACAUCACAGCCCUUUUCCUGCAGCCUGUGUCCCUCCAGUGCACUGGGACUGGGGUGCCCCCUCCCAGUCUCCGCUGGUGGAAAGAUGGGGUGGCCCUGGCAGCCUCAGGGGGGCACCUUCAGAUCGAGAAGGCAGACCUGAGGGACGAGGGCGUCUACACUUGCACGGCAACUAACCUGGCUGGGGAGAGCAAGAGGGACGUGACCCUGAAGGUUCUGGUUCCCCCCAACAUCGAGCCAGGCCCUGGCAAUAGGGCAGUGCUGGAAAAUGCCUCAGUGACCUUGGAGUGCCUAGCUUCGGGCGUGCCCCGUCCUGAUGUCUCCUGGUUCAAGGGCCACCAGCCUGUCUCUGCCCGGAUGGGAGUGACGGUGUCAGCUGAUGGGAGAGCACUCCUCAUUGAGCGAGCCCGGCUUUCUGAUGCUGGGAGCUACCGCUGUGUGGCAUCUAAUGUGGCCGGCAACACCGAGCUGCAGUAUGGUCUGCGGGUCAAUGUGCCUCCACGAAUCACGCUGCCACCCAGCCUGCCAGGCCCUGUGCUGCUCGGCGCCCCUGUCCGGCUGACUUGUAAUGCCACCGGUGCCCCUAGCCCUACGCUGAUGUGGCUGAAGGAUGGAAACCCCGUGACCACUGCAGGGACACCCGGCCUCCAGGUCUUCCCCGGGGGCAGGGUGCUCACCUUGGCCAGCGUCCGGACCUCCGACUCCGGCAGCUACUCCUGCGUGGCCGUGAGCGCCGUGGGCGAGGACCGCCGGGAGGUCGUGCUGCAAGUUCACAUGCCCCCGAGCAUCCUGGGAGAAGAGCUGAAUGUGUCUGUUGUGGCCAAUGAGUCAGUGACCCUGGAGUGCCAGAGCCAGGCCCUGCCCCCUCCUGUGCUGAGCUGGCAGAAGGACGGGCGUCCCCUGGAGCUGCGGCCCGGCAUCUACCUCUCUGCAGACAGAGCUUUAUUAAAAGUGGACAGAGCGCAGGUGUGGGAUGCAGGCCGCUAUACCUGUGAGGCCCUGAACCAGGCAGGCCGCUCAGAGAAGCACUUCAACCUGAACGUCUGGGUUGCUCCAGUGUUCCCCUCGAGGGAGCCCCGCACCCUGACUGUGCACGAGGGGCACCCCGCCAGGCUGUCCUGCGAGUGCCACGGCGUACCCUUCCCCAAGAUCUCCUGGAGGAAGGACGGUCAGCUCCUGCCUGGGCAGAAUGCCAGCCUCGAGCAGGUGUCCGCCGUGGGGAGGCUGCUGUAUCUGGGGCAGGCCCUGCCGGCUCAGGAGGGAGUGUACACCUGUGAGUGCAGCAGCGUGGCGGGGAGCAGCAGCCAGGCGCAGCGGCUCCACGUGACGUGCUUUCCUCCUGCCCCAGUUCCCCCCCAGAUCACUGGCCCCCUGGAGCCCCACACGCUGGUCUCAGUGGUCCAGGAUGGGGAGGCUACUCUGGAGUGCAAGGUGACCGGGAAGCCCCCACCAGCAGUGACAUGGGAGCGCGACGGCCAGCCCCUGGGGGCCGAGCCAGGCCUGCGGCUGCAGAAGCAGGGUCAGCAGCUGCACGUGGAGCUGGCCCAGCUUGCCCAUGCUGGGCGCUAUGGCUGCGUGGCCGAGAACGCGGCUGGCCGGGCGGAGAGGAGGUUCUCGCUCUCUCUGCUGGUGCCCCCAGAGCUCACUGGAGACUCAGACCCGCCCACCAACAUCACCACCACCUUGCACAGCCCCUUGACGCUGCUUUGUGAGGCCACGGGGGUCCCACCCCCCACGGUCCGCUGGUUCCGAGGGGAAGAGCCCAUCAGCCCCGGGGAGGACACCUACCUCUUGGCAGGUGGCUGGAUGCUGAAGGUGACUCAGGCACGGGCGCAAGACAGAGGCCUCUACUCGUGCCUGGCCAGCAAUGCAGCUGGGGAAGCACGGAGGAACUUCAGCGUGGAAGUCCUAGGUCCUCCCAGUAUUGAGAACGAGGACCUGGAGGAGGUGCUCAAGGUUCCCGAGGGGCAGACCGCCCAGCUAGUAUGCAACGCCACAGGCCACCCACAGCCCAAGGUUACAUGGUUCAAAGACGGCCGGCUUCUGACUGUUGGGGAUGCCUACCACGUCUCCCCAGAUGGAGCGCUCUUGUGGGUCCUCCAGGCAAACCUGUCCAGUGCCGGCCACUACUCCUGCAUCGCAGCCAACGCUGGUGGAGAGAGGACCAAGCACUUCCAGCUCAGUGUCCUGGUGGUUCCCACCAUCCUGGGAGUGACCGAGGACAGUGCCGAUGAGGAAGUGACGGUGACGAUCAACAACCCCACUUCUCUGAUUUGUGAGGCACUGGCCUUCCCUGCCCCCAACAUCACCUGGAUGAAGGACGGGGCCCCUUUCGAGACCUCCGGGAACAUCCAGCUGCUCCCAGGUACCCACGGGCUGCAGAUCCUGAAUGCCCAGAAGGAAGACGCCGGCCAAUACACCUGCGUGGUCACCAACGAGCUGGGGGAGGCCGUGAAGAACUACCACGUGGAAGUCCUCAUCCCCCCUUCCAUCUCCAAAGACGACCCCUCGGGGGAGGCUGGCGUGAGGGAGGUGAAGACCAAGGUCAACAGCACCCUGACGCUGGAGUGUGAGUGCUGGGCCGUGCCUCCGCCCACCAUCAGCUGGUACAAGGAUGGACAGCCUGUGGCCCCCUCCCCACGGCUCCAGGUCCUGGGUGAAGGGCGCUUGCUCCAGAUCCGGCCCACGCAGGUCUCGGAUUCAGGGCGGUACCUGUGUGUGGCCACCAACGUGGCUGGCGAGGACGACCAGGACUUCAACGUGCUCAUUCAGGUGCCCCCCCUGUUCCAGAAAAUGGGUGAUACCAGUGCAGCCUUUGAGAUCCUGUCCCGGGAGGAGGAGGCCCAAGGGGAGGUGACAGAAUACCGGGAGAUCGUGGAGAACAACCCGGCCUAUCUGUACUGCGACACCAACGCCGUCCCACCCCCCAACUUCACCUGGUACAGGGAAGAUCAGCCCCUCACGGCUACGGAUGGCGUGUCCGUGCUGCAAGGGGGCCGUGUCCUGCAGCUGCCCCUGGUGCGAGCGGAGGACUCUGGGAGGUACUCCUGCAGGGCCUCCAACGAGGUGGGCGAGGACUGGCUGCACUACGAGCUGCUGGUGCUGACCCCACCUGUGAUCCUGGGUGACACAGAAGAGCUGGUGGAGGAGGUGACCGUCAACGCCAGCAGUUCCGUCAGUCUGCAGUGCCCAGCCCUGGGCAACCCCCCACCCACAAUCUCAUGGCUUCAGAAUGGGCUGCCUUUGACCCCGAGCCCACGGCUGCAGGUUCUGGAAGACGGGCAUGUCCUGCAGGUCUCCACGGCAGAGGUGACGGAUGCCGCCAGCUACAUGUGCGUGGCUGAGAACCAGGCGGGCUCCACCGAGAAGCUCUUUACCCUCAGGGUCCAAGUCCCACCACGAAUCGUAGGCCUGAACUCGGAGCAGGUCACGGCCAUCCUCAACAGCAGCAUCUCCCUCCCGUGCGAUGUCCGAGCCCACCCAAGCCCUGAGGUCACGUGGUACAAGGAUGGCCAGGCCCUCUCUCUGGGUGGCGAGAUCUUCCUCCUACCUGGCACCCACACAUUGCAGCUGGCACGAGUACAGCCUUCGGACUCAGGGACGUACAUGUGCGAGGCCCUCAAUGCUGCCGGCCGGGACCAGAAGCUGGUGCAGCUCAGCGUGCUGGCUCCACCCACCUUCAGGCAGGCUUCCAGUAGCCACCAGGAGGUGGUCCAGGUGCGGGCUGGGGACAAGGCCGUCCUGAGCUGUGAGACAGAGUCAUUCCCCAAGCCAGCCGUGACCUGGUACAAGGACGGGCAGCCCCUGGCCCUGGUGCAGAGGAGCCAGGCUCUGCAAGAGGGGCAGAGGCUGGAGAUCCUGGACACCCAGGUGUCGGAUAAAGGUUUAUACAGCUGUAAGAUCACCAAUGCGGCUGGGGAGGCCAUCCGCGCCUUCAUCCUCACUGUCCAAGUGCCCCCAACAUUUGGGAACCCCAACACAGAGGCAGUCAGCCAGGUGGCUGGGAGCCCGCUGAUCCUGACCUGCGACGUGUCUGGCGUCCCUGCACCCACCGUGACUUGGAUGAAGGACAGAAUGCCCGUGGAGACCAGCGUGGUGCACGGCGUGGUCUCCCGGGGGGGCCGCCUCCAGCUCAGCCGCCUGCAGCCGGCCCAGGCGGGCACCUACACGUGCGUGGCCGAGAACGCCCAGGCCGAGGCACGCAAGGACUUCGUGGUGGCCGUGCUGGAGGCCCCCCGGAUCCGGAGCGCAGGCACCGCACAGGAGCACACCGUCCUGGAGGGGCAGGAGGUGCAACUGGACUGCGAGGUCGAGGGCCAGCCACCACCUGACGUGGCCUGGCUAAAGGAUGGCAGCCCUCUGGACCAGGGCGCGGGCCCCCACCUCCGGUUCUACCUGGACGGCAGCUCCCUGGUGCUGAAGGGCCUGAAGGCCUCCGACUCGGGCGCCUACACCUGUGUGGCCCGCAACCCUGCCGGGGAGGACGCCAGGCUGCACUCAGUCCACGUGCUGGUCCCACCCACCAUCGAGCAGGGAGCAGACGGCCUGGGGACCCUGGUGAGCAGGCCUGGCGAGCUGGUGACCAUGGCAUGCCCGGUCCGGGGCUCCCCGCCCAUCCACGUGAGCUGGCUCAAGGAUGGGCUGCCCCUCCCGCUGUCCCAGCGGACCCUCCUCCACAGCUCUGGCCGCACCCUCAGGAUCUCCCAGGUGCAGGGGACAGAUUCCGGCGUCUUCACUUGUGUGGCUGCGAGCCCAGCCGGCGUGGCCGACAGGAACUUCACCUUGCAGGUGCACGCGCCCCCCGUCCUGGAGCCCACGGAGUUCCAGAACAGUGUGGCCGUGGUCCGCGGCUCCCCUGUGGUCCUCCCGUGCCAGGCCCGGGGCAGCCCCCUGCCCCUCGUGUCGUGGAUGAAGGAUGGGGAGCCCUUGCAGUCCCAGAGUCUGGAGCAGGGGCCUGGCCUGCAGCUGGAAACAGCAGGACCGCAGGACACAGGGACCUACACCUGCCUGGCCGUGAGCGAGGCGGGGGAGGCCACGAGGCACUUCCAGCUGACCGUGAUGGACCCUCCCCACAUCGAGGACACAGACCAGCCUACAGAGCUGCCCCUGACCGCCGGCGCCCCCAUGGAGCUCCUGUGUAAUGCCCGGGGCACCCCCCAGCCCAGUGUCACCUGGUAUAAGGAUGGGCAGGCCCUGAGCAGCCCCGACGGCAGCGGCAGAGGCGGACAGGCGCUCCGGGUGGAGGGUGUGCAGGUGGGCGAUGCUGGGCUAUACACCUGCCUGGCUGAGAACCCUGCUGGCGAGGCCGAGAAGAGUUUCCGGGUCAGGGUUCAAGCCCCGCCAAACGUCGUUGGGCCCCGGGGCCCCCGCUCUGUGAUUGGCCUGGCCCCCGGGCAGCUGGUCCUGGAGUGCUCGGUGGAGGCAGAGCCAGCACCCGAGAUCGAGUGGCACCGAGAUGGGGUCCUGCUGCAGGCGGACGCCCACACACAGUUCCCGGAGCAGGGUAGGUUCCUCCAGCUGCAGGCCCUGAGCCCCGCGGAUGCUGGCAACUACAGCUGCACUGCCCGCAAUGCCGCGGGCAGCUCCAGCGUGGCCUUCCAUGUGGAGAUCCACAUGGCGCCCACCAUCCAGCCCGGGCCACCUGCAGUGAACGCCUCGGUGAACCAGACAGCUCUGCUGCCCUGCCAGGCUGAUGGUGUGCCCCCACCCCACGUGAGCUGGCGGAAGGACGGAGCCCCUCUGGACCCUGAGAGCCUCAGGUUGGCGGUUCUGCCUGAGGGUUCCCUGAGGAUCCAUCCAGUGCUCGCCCAGGACGCCGGCCACUACCUCUGCCUGGCAUCCAACUCCGCUGGCUCCGAUCGGCAAGGCCGCGACCUCCAGGUCUUCGAGCCUCCAGCCAUCGCCCCCAGCCCCUCCAACCUGACGCUGACUGCCCACACCCCAGCCGCACUGCCCUGUGAGGCCAGCGGCUCCCCCAGGCCCCUCGUGGUCUGGUGGAAGGACAGACAGAAGUUGGAUGUCCACCUGCAGCAGGGCACCUACCGGCUCUUGCCCUCCCACGCUCUGCUCCUCACAGCCCCCAGCCCCCAGGACUCGGCCCAGUUCGAGUGUGUGGCGAGCAAUGAGCUGGGCGAGGCCCGGAGGCUCUACCAGGUGACGGUCCACGUGCCUCCCACCAUUGCCGACGACCAGACCGACUUCACCGUAACCAAGAUGGCACCCGUGGUCCUCACGUGCCACAGCUCGGGCGUGCCAGCCCCGGCCGUGUCCUGGAGCAAGGCGGGUGCCCAGCUGGGGGGGCGGGGAAGCGGCCACCGUGUCCUGCCUUCGGGUGCCCUGGAGAUCACACAGGCCCUCCCCAUCCACGCCGGCCGCUACACCUGCACAGCCCACAACGCUGCUGGCGUGGCCCACAAGCACGUGGCCCUCACCGUGCAAGCCUCCCCCGUGGUGAAGCCGCUGCCCAGCGUUAUUCGGGCAGUGGUGGAGGAGGAGGUGCUGCUGCCCUGUGAGGCCUCAGGCACCCCCCGGCCCACCAUCACCUGGCAGAAGGAAGGGCUCAGUGUCCCUGCAGGGCCGAGUGUCCAGGUCCUACCCAGUGGACAGCUGCGGAUUGUCCAGGUCAGCCCAGAGGAUGCUGGGAACUAUUUCUGCCUCGCCCAGAACAGCGCAGGCAGCGCCAUGGGGAAGACGCGGCUCAGUGUGCAAGUCCCACCUGUGAUCGAGACAGGCCUCCCCGACCUCUCGGCCACCGAAGGCUCCCACGCCCUCUUGCCCUGCACGGCGAGGGGCAGCCCCGAACCCCACAUCACCUGGGAGAAAGACGGCCAGCCUGUACCUCGAGCCGUGGGGAGGGGGCUGAGGGAAUCCUCAGGCCAGCUCCUCCCUCUGCUGUCCCAGGGCCAGGACGCUGGCACCUACACCUGCACCGCCGAGAACACCGUGGGCCGGGCCCGCCGCCGUGUGCAUCUCACCAUCCUGGCACUGCCCGUGUUCACCACCCUGCCUGGGGACCGCAGCCUACGCCUUGGGGACAGGCUGUGGCUUCGCUGUGCAGCCCGGGGCAGCCCUACCCCCCGCAUUGGCUGGACUAUCAACGACCGGCCAGUCACGGAGGGGGUGUCUGAACAGGACGGGGGCAGCACACUGCAGCGGGCGGCGGUCACCAGAGAGGACAGUGGCACCUACGUCUGCUGGGCUGAGAACAGCGUGGGCCGUGUGCGGGCAGUCAGCUUCGUCCACGUGAAGGAGGCUCCAGUCCUGCAAGGGGAGGCUUUCUCCUACCUGGUGGCACCUGUUGGGGGCAGCAUCCGGCUGGACUGUGCGGCCCGUGGAGAGCCAGCGCCAGACAUCCACUGGAGCAAAGAUGGCCUUCCGCUGCGGGGCAGCCAUCUCCAGCACCAGCUGCAGAAUGGCUCACUGGCCAUCCGCAGGACCGAGAUGGACGAUGCGGGUCAGUACCAGUGCCUGGCAGGGAACGAGGUGGGUGCCGUGAAGAAGGUGGUGACCCUCGUGCUGCAGAGUGCCCCCGUGUUCGAGGUGGAGCCCCAGGACAUGACAGUGCAAUCUGGGGAAGAUGUGGCCCUGCGAUGCCAGGCUGCUGGAGAGCCAGCGCCCACCGUGGAGUGGCUACGGGCGGGCCGACCCUUGAGGGACAGUCGGCGGCUCCGGACUCUGCCUGAUGGGAGCCUGUGGCUGGAGCAUGUGGAGGCUGGGGACACGGGCACCUACGAGUGCGUCGCUCACAACCUCCUGGGUUCUGCCACGGCCCGGGCGUUCCUGACCGUGAGGGGGGAGCCCCGGGGGAGCCGGGGCAGCAUGAUCGGGGUGAUCAACGGCCAGGAGUUCGGCGUGGCCACUCUCAGCACCAGCGUGCAACAAGAGGCGCGUUCUGGGGCCGCCACGAUCCGGAGCAGUAUCAGCCGCGUCCCAGCCAGUGUGGGGCCGCUGAUGCGGGCACUCGUGGUCACCAUUGCCCCUGUCUACUGGGCCCUGGCUGGAGAGACUGGGGAGGCCCUGAAUGGCCACUCCCUGACGGGUGGCCGCUUCCGGCAGGAAUCGCACGUGGAGUUUACUACAGGGGAACUGCUCACCAUGACCCAGGUGGCCCGUGGCCUGGAUCCCGAUGGCCUGGUGCUCCUCGAUGUCCUGGUCAAUGGCCUCAUCCCUGAGAGCCUGGCUGACGCGGACCUCCAGCUGCAGGACUUCCAGGAGCGCUAUGUGCAGACGGGACCAGGCCAGCUGCUCGUGGACUCCCAGCAGCGCUUCCUCCUGGGCGGCCGCCCCACACUCCUACGUUGCAACCACAGCAUCCAGUACGCGGCGGAGCGGGGCCCGCAGCCCCAGCUGGUGCAGCACCUGCAGGCCUCAGCCGUCAGCGCGGUCUUCGACCCCGGGACCGAGGCCCUGCGCUUCCAGCUCUCCACGGCCCUGCAAGCCGAGGACGAUGACGCUGGCUGCCCUGAGGGCUUUGACCUGGACCCCCAGGGAGAGUUUUGCGUGGACAGGGACGAGUGUUCGGAUGGCCCCAGCCCCUGCUCCCACUCCUGCCACAACGCACCUGGCCGCUUCUCCUGCUCCUGCCCGGCCGGCUUCGCCCUGGCCUGGGACGACAGGAACUGCAUGGAUGUGGACGAGUGUGCAUGGGACACCCACCUCUGUCAGGAGGGACAGCGCUGUGUGAACCUGCUGGGGACUUUCCACUGCCUCCCCAGCUGCCAGCCUGGCUUCCGCGCGGCUGCUGAUGGGGCCAGCUGUAAAGAUGUUGACGAAUGCCUGGAACAGCUGGACAAGUGUCAUUACAGCCAGCUCUGUGAGAACACCCAGGGCAGCUUCCACUGCAGAUGCCCCCGAGGGUAUCGGACCCAAGGCCCCGGCCUGCCCUGCCUAGAUAUCGAUGAGUGUCUGCAGCUGCCCAGGCCCUGCGCCCACCAGUGCCACAACCUCCAGGGUGGCUAUCGCUGCCUGUGCCCACCAGGCCAGACCCUCCUCCGUGACGGCAAGGCCUGCACCCCGCUGAGGCGGAGUGCACAGAACGUGACCACCACCAGGCACCAGGGCCCCUUUGUGUCCUGGCUUCGGCCCCGGGCCCCCACCCCUGGCAGCUCCUACCACGCCUGGGUCUCACUCCGGCCAGGGUCCGGAGCCUCAAGCAGUGUAGGCCGGGCCUGGUGUCCCCCUGGCUUCAUCAAGCAGAAUGGCGUCUGCACAGACCUGGACGAGUGCCGGGCGAGGAGCCUGUGCCCGCACGCCUGCCGCAACACCGAGGGCAGCUACCAGUGCCUGUGCCCCGCCGGCUACCGCCUGCUCCCCAGCGGGAAGAACUGCCAGGACAUCGACGAGUGUGAGGAGGAGGGCAUCCAGUGUGGGCCGGGCCGGAUGUGCUUCAACACCCGCGGCAGCUACCAGUGUGUGGACACGCCCUGCCCGGCCACCUAUCGGCAGGGCUCUGGCCCUGGGACGUGCUUCCGGCGCUGCUCACAGGACUGCAGCGAAGGCGGCCCCUCCACGCUCCAGUACCGCCCCCGGGGUGGGCGCCCCCACCACGCCGUGGCGCGCCUCGCCGCUUUCUCCGAGGCCGGCGUCGCCGCCAACCGGACGGAGCUUAGCGUGCUUGAGCCCGACCCGCGCAGCCCCUUCGCGCUGCGCCCCCUGAGCGCUGGCUACGGUGCCAUCUACACCCGCCGCGCGCUCCCCCGCGCCGGCCUCUACAGGCUCACUGUGCGCGCCGCCGCGCCGCGCCACCAAAGCGUCUUCGUCCUGCUCAUCGCCGUGUCCCCCUACCCCUAUUGAGGGAGGGUCGCCGGCUGCAGCCCUUGAGCCAGUACAACCCGGGUAUAGGGGGCAGGCAGGAGCUGACCCAACCCCCACCCCCUGGUUCAGGCUGCCGGAGGCACAGGGUGGCCCUAGCCCGAGCCACCUCCCGGAGCUAUCUGAACGUCAUCUUCUCCCGCCCCCGUGCGUCAACGAGUCCUUCUGUAAACAGGACCCUGGUGCAGCCUUGACCCCAGGACAGCAAGGAUCUGAACCUCCCAGGCAGGUGUCAGGGGGGCUGCCCAGAGGAGGCCAGGCCAGAGGGCAGAGAGAAAAGCUUCGAUGUCCGAUGGCCGCCUGCCCUGAGCCUCAGGGGAGCUGGGCAAGACGUGGAACCCCAGGACACUGGCGGCUCAGCUGUCCCCAGUCCAGGCCAGGCAUUGUCUCCCUGAACCCGU